ACAUUUGCAUAAAAAAAAAAUGAAAUUUAACCAUGACUUGGUUAAAAAAUAAAUAAACAGUAAGGUGUUUUUAAUGUUUUUGAGCAUUUAACCUACUAUACGUUUAUACCCUUUCCGUAAAGCUCCAAAGCUUCUAUUCUCCGGGUCAGCUUUGGUAAUUUGUGGUUCCUGUACCGGAACGUUACCAAAUGCCGAAGUAUAAAAACCAAAUAACAGUUAAACUAAAUUUUGGUUAUUUUGUGUACAUUUUGUAGAUGCACCAUGGUUGUGGUCAUUGUAAACAAUUAGCACCAGAAUAUGCGAGUGCAGCCCAGCAUUUAGCUGAAAAUGAAUUAUCAGUUAAAUUGGGCAAAGUAGAUGCUACUAUUGAGAGGGACUUAGCUGAACAGUUUGGUAUCCGAGCAUAUCCAACUUUAAAGUUCUUUAAAAAUGGAAAACCAAUUGACUACACAGGCGGCCAAACCAAGGAUGAAAUUAUUCAAUGGGUAACAAUGAAGUCUGACCCAACUAAAAAAGUUUUGAAAUCAGAAGAAGAAUUGUAAUCAUUCAUUAAAAG